AUGGUAUUACAGAACCAUCCAUGGAUUACAAGUGUUAAUGCGCAGGACUUUGGCUUAGAUGGACAACCUAAAUUCUUUACAAACAACCUUACAGUUUUGAAAAUGUCAUUGGAUGGUGAACCAGGAAUUAAUUGGCUUGCAUUUUCAUGGUUAAAUAAUUACAUAAAGGAAGGCGAAAGUAUGACCUUCUCAUACUUGUAUUAUGAUAAAGAAUAUGAACCACCAAUAUUAAAUCUUGAUAAAUCCCUUAUUUCAGAGGAAGUUGAUAGCACCGAACCAAUUCACCUCAAAGGAUCUUUCUCACAUUAUGGAGAAACAUUGGUAGCGAAAGCAUACUACGCAAUUUAUGAAGCAGAUUCUUACAAAGUCGUGAAGAGCGGAAGUCUUGGAUCAUUCACCGUUUCAAAGACUAAGAUGUCACAAGAUUUUGAUGUUUUUGUUGAGCCACCAACACAAUUAGGAAAAUACGAAUUAGAAGUUUAUACUUAUCUUCCAUUCUUUAAGUCAUACUUAUCAGAAUACUUUUAUAUAACAGUUGUCCCACCUAAUUAUAGACCAAAGUUAUUCGUUCUUCCUCCUGAGUAUGUUUAUUACAUUCCUGAUUCUGAAGUUUCUUUCUUGGCUACAGUUUACGAUCAAGAUUCAGGUGAUAAACCACUCACCGCAGAGGUUUUCUUCAACAAUGCAGAAGUUGUAUCGCAAGAAGUUGCCAACAACAGAGAUCUCAAGACAUUCAAAUUCAAGAUUCCAAAAGAUACAAAAGCCGAUGAUUAUGAAGUCAAAGUUACUGCAACAGAUGGCAAGAAGAUCGGAACAAAGAAAUUCACAAUUACAAUCAAGAAUAACACAGUUCUCACAAUCGAUUUCGAACCAAAACUUAAUGCCACAUACAACAAAGGCGACAAGGUCAACUUCACAGCUGUCAUCAAUGAUCCAGACACAAACUUCGACACAAAGUUCACUGUUUCGCUCUUCUACAAUACUGCUAUGAAGACAAGCCUUACAUCAGAGAACAAGAAUGGAUUGGUUAGAAUCCCUCUAACAUUCUCUAUUCCAAGUGAUGAAAUCAACACCACUGCAGAAAUCAAAAUCGAAGUUAAAACACCGACCGAAUCUUCUGAUAGAUCAACCUCCAUUACUAUCCAUCAGGAUACCACUGCAAACCUCGCAAAAUCUAAAACUGCUACAAAAGAAUCUCAAAAGAAGAAUGCACUCAUUGCAGUACUCUGUGUCUUAGCUGUUCUUGCUGUAAUUGUUGCAAUUGUAAUUGUUAUUCUUUGGCUUAGAAAAUAA